AUGCAAGCGGAGCUCAAGGCGCACGCCGAUAACGGGUCCUGGACACUGGUACCAAAACGGCAAGACAUUCGACCAAUCGGGUGCAGAUGGAUAUUCGCUAAGAAGCGAAACGAACACGGACAAGUGGUGCGCUACAAAGCUCGACUCGUCGCAAAGGGGUUCAAGCAGAAAUUCGGUGUCGACUUCUUCGAGACGUACUCUCCCGUGGCAAACAUGAACUUGAUCAGGGUUGUGCUAGCUGUGGUGGUGACAAAGGGAUACGUCACUGAGCAGCUGGACGUAGACACGGCGUUCUUGAACAGUGAUCUCAAGGAAGAGGUGUACAUGGAAGUGCCAAAUGGCAUAGCUAAUGCGGAGAAGAUGAUGUGCAAGUUGGACAAGGCAAUCUACGGUCUCAAGCAGGCUGCAAGUGCGUGGAACAAGACAAUCCAUGCUGUAUUCUUACAGAUCGGAUUUCGUAGCAGCAGAGCAGAUUAA